AUGGUCAAGUUCUCCACUCUCGCCCUCGGGCUCCUCGCGAUCGCCAGCGAAGUCUGCGCACAAAAGACUGUGAAAGUCAUGCCCUUUGGUGCUUCCAUUGUCUCGCGAUGCUGGCGCGCCAACCUUCAAACCAGCCUCAAAGCUGCUGGCAUUACGAACUGGGACUUUGUCGGCUCGAAGACGAGCACGUGCACUGACGGCACUAACAUUGACCAAAACCACGAAGGUCAUCCCGGAUCCCAGGCCGCCGAAUUUGUGGCAAAGGGUAACCUCACUGGCUGGCUCAAUGCGAACCCUCCAGAUGUCAUUCUUAUGCUUCUCGGCACCAACGAUGUCCUCAUCGGCAAGAGAUCUGUCGACGAUAUCCUUGCCUCGUACGACAUCCUAGUCUCACAAAUGCGGAAAAAGAACGCCAAUAUGCAGAUCGUCUUCUCCAACCUGCUUCCUUUGGACCCAGCCAAGUGGCCUGCUACGGCUGUAAAAGGAAUCAAGGAUCUCAACGCUGCUAUAGCUACCUAUGCGCCCAAGAAGAGCACCCUGAAGAGCCCGGUGUACUUUGUAAACAACUUUGCUGGCUUCGAUGUGGUCAAGGACACUGAUUCUGAUGGCGAGCAUCCUAACCUGACUACGGGUGUGCAGAAGAUGGCAGCAAAGUUCCUUGAGCCUACCAAGACGGCGAUAAGGGCAGCAGCUGCGGUGAAGGCAAGGAGGGUCAAGAGGGCUGAGAGGUUGAUCUCAGAGUAG